AGGAGGAAGACUGAGAAAGCCAGCCGGCUUUGUUUGUAACACCCACACGCUUUCUUUCUUUCGUUCUUUCAAAACAGAUCUUUUAUCUGUUUGUCCCCACCUUACCUUCUUCAUCGUCGGCAUCAUUUAUCCAUAUCCAACUUAACGGUUUCAUCUAGAUUACAGUAAUGGGUUGUUUUCCUUGCUUUGAAUCCAGUCAAGAGGACAACAACAACUUCAAUCACCAAAAAGUCGGCCAUGAAGUCCACCCAUCCGCCCCUUCCAAUAUUUCCAGAUUAUCUUCCGGGGUUGAUAGGAUGAAAACUAGAAACAAUGUUAAUAAUGCUGCUAGCCUAAGGAGGGAGUCAUCAGGGCCGCCGGAUGCUCAAAUCGCCGCACAAACCUUCACAUUCCGCGAGCUUGCAGCCGCCACCAAUAAUUUUCGGCCUGAUUGCUUCUUAGGGGAGGGUGGUUUUGGUUGUGUAUAUAGAGGACGUCUUCAGAGUAGUGGUCAAGUUGUAGCUGUUAAACAGCUGGAUAGAAAUGGACUCCAAGGUAACCGUGAGUUUCUUGUUGAAGUUCUUAUGCUCAGCCUUUUACAUCAUCCAAACUUGGUCAAUUUGAUUGGCUACUGCGCUGACGGUGACCAACGACUUCUUGUCUAUGAGUUUAUGGCCUUGGGUUCCUUGGAAGAUCACCUUCAUGAUGUUCCGCCUGACAGAGAACCAUUAGAUUGGAACACAAGAAUGAAGAUAGCGGCUGGUGCAGCCAAGGGGUUGGAGUUUCUUCAUGAUAAAGCUAACCCACCAGUUAUUUAUAGGGACUUCAAAUCAUCAAACAUUUUGCUGGAUGAGGGAUUUCAACCAAAGCUGUCCGACUUCGGGCUCGCGAAACUGGGCCCUACUGGAGACAAGUCUCAUGUUUCCACACGGGUGAUGGGUACAUACGGUUACUGUGCUCCUGAGUAUGCCAUGACUGGUCAGUUAACGGUCAAAUCCGAUGUGUACAGCUUUGGUGUCGUCUUUUUAGAGCUUAUUACCGGUAGAAAAGCCAUAGAUAGCACUCAACCACAUGGACAGCAGAACCUGGUGACAUGGGCACGACCUUUGUUCAACGACAGAAGGAAAUUCACAUCGUUGGUGGACCCACGGUUAGAAGGUCGGUACCCAAUGCGGGGGCUGUACCAGGCGCUAGCAGUGGCAUCCAUGUGUAUUCAAGAACAGGCUGCAGCGCGGCCUUUGAUUGCGGACGUGGUAACUGCGCUAUCUUAUCUUGCAAACCAGGGGUACGAUCCGACCACAGCUCCAGCUCAUAACAUCAUCAGCAGCAGCAGCAAAGAGAGACCUAAAACCGCAAGGUCUUCAAAAAACGAUGAAGGGGGUUGCAGCAGAUGGGAUUUGGAAGGAUCGGAUUCUCCCAAAGAAACUGUAAAGAUGCUUGAGAGAGAAAGGGCUGUUGCAGAAGCAAAAAUGUGGGUUGAAAAAAGAAGACAGAGUGGGUAGUAGAUGUUUGUUUUACAUACAUUGUUCAGAUGAUGAUUCAAAGGGUGGGUUGGGUUGUUGACAAAGUCCAAACCAAUUUUUCUGCAGUAAUAUUGUAUGUAUAUUUCUUAUGGGAAAAGAGGAGAUCAAACACAACUUAAAGGUCGGCUUGAUUGAUUUU